UAAAAAAGUAAACAAAGUGAUCCUUAUUAGAAUUUUGCAACAAGAAAAGUGUGUUUUUUAAUAAAAUUUGUUAAAAGUUAGAAAAAACUUUAAAAUUUGUAUUAUUUUUGUGAAAAAUUAUUCAAAUGCAAGUAAAUAAGCGAAUAAAUAGAAAAUAUAACAAGUUUCUGUGUUUGUGCAUAUAAAAAAAAAAUUGUGAAAUUUGGCGGUCACCACUUGUCUAAUUGGUGUGAUUAAAUUUUUUAAAAAGCUUCUACAUCGAUACCUGGCUUUAAAUUCACCAAUUGUUAUGGCAAUAUAUUGCAACAACUAUAUUGGCAUGUGGUUAUAAUUUUAUCUUAUAUGGUUGCAGUGGUAAUCUGUCUAAGAUUUUGGAAUCAAUUUGAAAAUCAAUCUACUUUACCAGUUUAUGAAAUGUUAGAACAAGGCUCCAAAUUGCCUUAUUCAGCAUUAUAUAUCUGCUUGGGUUAUCCUUUAAAUCCUAAGAGAUUAGCGAAAUAUAGGAAUUACAUUUUAAAACCCAAUCUAACCAUGUCCUACAAAGAUAUCGAUAAGACUUUACAAUAUAUGUUACGUUUUCAACGUUCUACUCUUAAUGUUAAAUACAAUCUAACGGAAUUAUUUCUUUAUAAUGUUGAUAUAGAGAAAUUGCGAAAACAUUUUAUAAAGUUUUAUUAUCAAAUCAAUGAAUUGUUGCAAGAUUGUUAUAUCCAAGGAAUACGUUUUGAUUGUUCAGAUAUUUUUAUUCCACUUGAACUGGCGCCGGGAUUUUGCUUUAUUUUUAAUAGUAUUUAUACUUACAAGAAUUUUCAUGAAAAUCCCCUUAAAGUUCCUUACCAAGAAUUUUCAGAAUACGAUGAUGACUGGUCUAUACGUUUCAAAAUUUCAUAUGAAAAAGAAACGGCACUUUUGUUGUAUCUAAAAGAUCCACGUAAUUUACUAUCCCUAACUGAUUACCCAAACUAUGUGUGGCGUCCUCGAAAACAAAUUUCAGAAUAUGGUUACACUAUUGUCAAUCAAUAUUCGGAAGAAAAAAAUAGGAAAUUAAACUUAAAACAACGUAAAUGUAUAUUUUCUGAUGAAAAAUUUCCCUACAAAGAAUUGAAUGAUGAAUUUGCUACAAAUUUCUACGAUCAGGAUGUUUGUUAUAAUUAUUGUCAUACAAAGCAAUUGAUUAAAUUGUGCAAUUGUACACCCACUUUUAGCAUUGCAAUGUUUCCGAAAUUGGCAAACAAAACGAAAAUAUGUAGAGUUAAUGAUAUAUCGUGUUAUGAAACUUAUUAUUUAGACAUCAGGCGACACGAAUGCAAGGAAUGUUUAAGCAAUUGUAAUCGUACGACUUAUGUUUCUAUACCGGAAAUACAAGAACCAGAAAGAACUCCGAUUUUAAACUCUUCUUACAAACGAGUUAAUAAGUAA